AUGGCAUCUCUUUCCGGUGACCAUGCGCCCACCAGCAACGGCGUUAAUGGACGCGUCCAUUCGACGUCCACGGAGACAAAAAACGGUCUCGACGAUCGCGACAACACUGUCACCACUGAUGGGGAGCCUGAAUCCAUCGACAUCGUGGUCAGCAACGCCAAAAACGCCAGCGCUUUCAUUGCGAAUGAGGCACUCGAGGAGCGUCAAGGGAAAAGAACGGAGGAGAACGACAAUGAGGUCUCUGACAGGAAGGACGAAGUGAGGAGUUCAAGUGCCAAUUCCGGCAACGGAGCAGACGCAACAUCAUCCCAACCGACAGCAACACUUGGAGAGGAACUUGGACCUCUGAAGCAACCGUCUCCAGAGCGCGUAAGUAACGAAUUUGGGGAAAUGAAAUCGACCAAAGAAGUUGCAAAAGCGCCAGUUGUUGCAGAGUCUACCCCAUCAGCAACAGUGGUGGAGCCAACACAACCAGACGCUGCUGUUUACGCGCCAACGGAGGACGAUGUGGAGAUGCACGAUGACGCUAGAGAGCCACAGACCACGAGCCUAUCAUCAGAAUUGGGAAAGACCGGAGACGAAGCAGUAGCUGCCGAAGCAUUACCCAAUGGCGUUGUGGCACCCCAAGUCGGUACAUCUUCUGGUCUUCUUCCUUCUCUUCGAGGCGAUACCUCUUAUGAGCAGACAGCUGCCGGCACUACUUCUGAUAUGACCAUGGGUGACGCACCUUUCAACAAAAUAGCGCGUGGGCGUGAAGAUGACAUGGAGAUUGAGCGUUCGGUAAAGCGCGCCAAGACUGAAGAUGCCGAAAGUGCCAACACCUCGACGUCGCAAAUUCUCGUCGGGACGAUGGUUGCGUCGACCAAUGAAAUGCACAUGGACUUGCCAGCCGUUGUCAUCCCUCCUCGCAGUCGUGCAUCCUCCAGAGAAGGGAGCCUUUCCGAUCCGAAACUCGACAGUUGUGCGAUCUCACCCUAUGCGAAUCGUGAGAUUCGUCGUGUGCUUGCCAGCAUUAAGAAGACUAAGGUCGGCAACAAUUUCAAAGACCCCGUUUAUAAAAAAUGGCCAUUUUUGUGGGACUCAUAUGUCCAGCGCGUGGCAAAACCAAUGGAUAUUGGCCAGAUCGAGCGCAAUUUGAGGGAGAGCGUGUACACCAAGCACGGCGACUUCAUCAAUGACUUAUUUUUGAUAUUCGAAAAUUCUGUUUCUUUCAACGGCCUUGGCAAUAUUGUGACUGACGAAGCGAAAUCUUUGGUGGACAACUUUUUCAGCCGUCUGUCAGAAAUAUCUUCUCGUGAGCCUCAGAAGUCUGACAAAAAGGACUCGAAGCAGCUUCCAACUCGUCAGACAGGGCCUCGCGCUGCGGCAGGGCGUCGCGAAUCAAGAGGUGCAGCUACAUCGCCGAUUGAAGAUUCUGUGACGGCUUUUUCGGCAAGUCCGAUUGCCGUCACUAUGCAAGCUGUCAAGGCAUCGCCCAACCCUGUCCCAAUAGCUGGUGCUGCCGAAGUCAAUACUCCUGUUUUCGCAGUUCCGGCGUCCGGGAUGCCGAUCAUUCGUCGGGACUCCACGAAGGCAGAUGGCGAUAGGCCUAAACGCCCUAUUCAUCCACCAAAGAACCGAGACCUGGGAUACGAGCCAAAGAAUCCCAAAAAGAAGUUGCCCGAGUUUCGGUUCUGCGAAGAGGUUCUCAAAGAGCUUAUGAAACAAAGGCAUUACGAGACUAAUCACUGGUUCUUGCGACCAGUAGAUGCAGUCGCGAUGCAGAUUCCCACUUACCACAAAGUGAUAAAGAAGCCAAUGGAUCUCGGCACAAUGCAGACGAAACUCAACCUCGGCGAAUAUAACUCCGCCAAGGACUUUGAAAGUGAUGUGCAGCUGAUUAUCAGAAAUUGUCGAAAAUUCAACGGCACGGGGGAAGUGGUAAAUGCGGCCGACCGCCUGGAAGAACUCUUCAAAGCCAAAUGGACCGAAAAAGAUACUUGGAUUGCCGCACAUACUUCGCAUGGAUCAGGAUCGGUUCUGAGCCCAGUGGGUGGUCCUAAAGAGGACGAGUCUGACGAAGAUAAUGAGGGUAGUGAACCUGAGGGCGACGAGAUAUCAGGAACGCUUGCUACAAGCGACACGGUUGAUGCUCUAGUCAAGCGACUCGAAGAAGAAAACAGCAGAUUGAGCUCUCUCCUGAUGGCCAAAAUUCCCGACAUGACGAUGAUCACUACGCAGCAGACGGUCCUGAACAUGAUUCAGAAACAGAUUGAGAGCGAAAGCGGCGAAUUGGAGUUGGAUAUCGACCAACUUUCCCAAGAUGCGCUUGGGAAGCUUUACGACCUGAUCAUAAGAGCAUUUCCGCACAUGAGGGUGAAAACGGAGAAGACUAAAUUUGGUGGAGAUCCGUCCUCCGUCGGAAAGCCAAGUAAGCCGAAGAAGCAUAAACCUAUGGGCAGGUUGGAGCAGGAACGGAAUAUUGAAAAACUCCGUGAAAUCAAGGCGCAGUUCCAGCGACCCGGUAGCGGAAGCCAGGAGCCUCUCCCUUCCGUGGAGGUCAGCCAGCCUAUGGGAGAAGCAGAGAGUGAAGAAGAGAGUGAAGCGGACUCUGAGGAGGAAUAG